AUGAAGACAUGUGUUCAGGUGUACCAUGGUGUUCCUGCUAGGUCUGGAGCAGUGAUGAAGUAUGGCUUUCCAUCACUGGUCAACAUCAAAACUAGAGAGUCUUAUGUCACAUCAUAUGAUCCCCGCACCCGCACAGCCUCCUGGGUAAUAGAGCAGCUAAGCCCUGCCUCUCUAACUGGUUCCUCGGACAGGAAGUACUCUGACUUCAAAGAGGACGAAAGUGUCCAUGUUUACCACCGUGCAACCAAUGCAGACUAUAGGAAGAGUGGCUUUGACAGAGGUCACCUGGCUGCAGCGGCCAAUCAUAAGUGGAGUCAGAAAGCAAUGGACGACACCUUCUACCUCAGCAAUGUUUCACCACAGAACCCUCAUUUAAAUCAGAACGCUUGGAAUAACCUGGAGAAGUUUAGUCGAUCUCUUGUCAAACACUACGCCAACGUCUACGUUUGUACUGGACCACUUUACCUGCCCAGACCAGAGGCCGAUGGGAAGCUUUAUGUACGAUACCAGGUGAUAGGUCAGAAUCACGUUGCUGUGCCAACACACUUCUUUAAGGUGUUGAUACUGGAGCGUGCAGGUGGUGGUGGGGUGGAGCUUCAGUCGUACAUCUUUCCAAACGCCCCCGUGGAUGAAAAGAUUACCCUGGACCGCUUCCUGGUUCCCAUAGAAUCGAUUGAGAGAGCCUCAGGACUGUUGUUUGUUCCAAACAUAAUGAAGAGGACAAGUGGUUUACAGGCAAUCACUGCCAAAUAAACUACAACACCCAGACAGUCAUCACUGCUGAACAAAAACUACAACACCCAGACAGCCAUCACUGCUGAAUAAAAACUACAACAUCCAGACAGCCAUCACUGCUAAAUAAAAACUACAACACCCAGACAGCUAUCAAUGCGGAAUAAAAACUACAACACCCAGACAGCCAUCACUGCUGAAUAAAAACUACAACACCCAGACAGCUAUCACAGAAGCCCAUGCUAUACCAGAAAGUAUCCCACCCUUAUAAGGGUGGGGUACCUGCAGUCAGUUUAUAAGGGUGGGGUACCUGCAGUCAGUUUAUAAGGGUGGGAUACCUGCAGUCAGGUGAGACUGAAGAUGUCACUUAGAUGAUGAUGAAACAUUUCUGUCAAUAAACGUUGUGUCCGGAUGAACUGAUUCUACCUUCUGGGAUUUUCUUACCUGGAUUAUUGAGCAGCAUCAAGACAUCUUUAUCUUAUCUUAUUUUAUCAGUAGCCAUGGAUGUGGCUGAAAUAGCAGAGCCCACUAAUUAGUAGGGGUGUCCACAUAGUCUCAAUCCCGCUAAUUAGUAGGGGUGUCCACAUAGUCUCGAGCCCACUAAUUAGCAGGGGUGUCCACAUGGCAAUGCUGUGCGGUAGACAUUUGCAGUCUUGUUGCUUCCCUGGCUGCAGGUGUAUUUGAACCGGGAAAUAAAUGCAGGACAGGAGUGACAGCAAGUCAUGAUGGGAUUCAAAUGUUAUUUUCAUGAAAGCUUUUACAAAUGUUUGGUAUUUGUUUUUAUUCAUACUGUUUUCAUUUUUACUCUUACUUAUUUGGUCUUACUCUUAUUAUUGCCUUGUCUGGUUGUAUUUCUUUGUGAAGCACUUUGUAACAUUAUUUUAGAAAAGUGCUAUAUAAAUAAAGGUAUUAUUAUUAUUAUUAUUAUCAGUUUCAGGAAAUACUACCACUUGUCUCUGAGAAGUCACCAAAACCAAUUAAAGUGAGAAACGACACAAGUGAAUUGUAACUAAAAGAUGAAUUACUUUGACAUAAUGGAGUGAGGACGUGAGCUGGAGCGUGAGCGGUGACGUCAGACUUCAGCGGCGAA